AUGUCGUUCUCCCUCACUGGCAAUGACUCCGAGAAGCUGAACCAGCUGUGCGGCCGCACCUACAAGGAGCAGGUGGUGUGGUUCCUCAACGCCUUCUGGGACCAGUUCCAGGCCGACGCUGAGAAGCUGUGGAAGCACGUCCAGCUCUGCGCCGACCUCGACGCCCAGCGCCACGCCGAGGGCACGGCCCUCGACGAGCUCAACGCGCACCGGUUCCUCGAACAGAUCGGCGAGACCCUCACGGUGGUGGCCCUGCGCGAGCGGCUGAGGAAGACCGGCGCCAUCGGCCAGACUGACAGGCCCAAGGCCGUGCCCCUCACCCACUACUUGCUUUGGCGCUACGAAGUCGACUGGCACGUCCUCGUCAACACGCAUGGCGACAACAGCGCCGAGAUCGCGGAGGCGCAGAGGUUGCUCGAUUCCGUAUCGGCUGCCUUCGCCGAGGCCGAGCGCCAGGCCGAGAUUGCCCGCAAGGCCGAGGCCUACGCUCGUGAGCAGGAGGCUCCCUUCAAGGCGGCGCAGGAGGAGGUGGACGCGGCGCUGGCCGAUGUCAACGCGCAGGAGUCGGCGCGCGACAACCGCACGGCCGAGCUGCAGCGCAAGAGCACGGAGGGCGGCAUCGUGCAGCAGAACAAGGCCAAGGCCGAGCUGGCGCAGCACCUGGCCGAGGACCCGCUGCCGCUGCGCAAGGCCAAGAUCACGCUCGAGGCCGCGCUCAAGCGCGCCGAGAAGGCGCGCGCCCCCUUCGAGGCCGCCACCAAGGUCGCCGAAGCCGCCCGCCAGGCCUCCGAAGACGCCCUGGCCGAUGCCAGCCGCAAGGUGGAGGAGGCUGAGGCCUACCUGGCCGAGGUCAAGGCCAAGCCGGGCUCGCCCCACGGCGCCAUCUGGUGGAUGGAGAGGGAACUGGCGGAGCAGAAGAAGUACCUGCCCUCGUCCAAGGGCGGCGUCGCCAAGCGCGGCUAA